CUUUGCCUACCGUCGACCUUGCCGCAAUGGCAUCGGCUCAGGCUUAAGACGAAGACAUACAGCGCACUCUGCAGUCCACUUCGCUGCAUGUGCAACCUGUUCCUAUCCAAACCACGGAAGGAACCAUUCUUUGUGACACUUCCACAGGUUGUCCUAGACCUCUCGUGCCCGUCUCCUUCAGACGCACAGUCUUUGACGCGCUGCACUCACUAUCACAUCCCGGUAUCCGUGCAUCUUUAAAACUGGUCACCGAACGUUUCGUUUGGCCACACGUAAACAAAGAUGUUCGUACCUGGGCUCGCGCCUGCCUUCAAUGCCAGCGCUCUAAAGUACAUCGUCACACCCGCAGUCCUCUUGGUUCAUUUCCUGCCCCGGGCUCUCGGUUCUCGCAUGUACACUUAGACCUGGUAGGCCCAUUGCCUCCGUCACGCGGAUUUGUAUACAUUCUUACAUGUGUCGACCGCUUCACCAGGUGGCCAGAAGCCAUUCCGGUAACAGACUGCACAGCUGAGACUGUUAUCCGGGCCUUCUUGAACCGGUGGGUCUCGCACUACGGAUGCCCAUCCACCAUGACAACCGACCGAGGAACGCCUUUCGAAUCUUCACAAUUCGAUACGUUCUGCAACUUUUUAGGUUGUCGCCGCAUUCAUACCACAGCGUAUCACCCAGCAGCCAACGGGUUAGUUGAACGCUUCCAUAGACAGCUUAAAGCCUCGCUCUGCGCCUCCUCCGACCCUAGCUGGAGCGAAAACAUUUCGCUCGUUCUCUUAGGCAUUCGCAGCAGCAUCAAAGCUGACUUGCAAUGUGCACCAGCAGAGCUGGUUUACGGAACGACGCUCAAGUUACCAGGAGAAUUCGUUUCACCUCCCGCAUCGUCGGGUAUGCCUCCGCUUAACUUUGCGUCCUCCCUAGCUCAACGCAUGCGUUCACUACGCCCGACCCCGCCGCGUGAACAGACUAGAGAUGUGCAAAUGCACAGCGGACUCUCUACCUGCACUCACGUCUUCCUCCGCACCGACGCAGUGCGGCGCCCUCCCCAGCCUCCCUACACUGGCCCUUUCAGAGUUCUGCAACGGACUCCGAAACAUUUUACUAUAAACACAAUGGUCACCGAACAACGGUGUCCAUCGACCGCCUCAAAGUGGCAUUCUUUGACGAGCCAUUUGCAGCCCAUCCUGAUGCUCUCGCACAAGCACCCGCACCUGUGGUGACUUCCCGAGCACUGGAUAACCCGGAACCCUCCGUACCCCUUGACCCGCAACCUAUCCUGCCUCAACCCCAGGCAACCGACCGACGCGGUAGACAGGUCAAACGUCCGGUCCGUGUUUCAGAUUUUGUAAGCGUUUGCUAUUUCCAUUAACACGUCUUUCUCGUCUUUAAUGGUUAUCCUGCGUCUCAUCCACUAACAUUUUGCAAAAUCGACAAAAAAUAC